CGCAGUGGUCUUCCUGUGGUUGUGUUGUCUGCGUCCUAUUGGGCAGACGCAUCUUGGCCGUCGUCACACAUUACAAAUUUUCACUUUACGCGUAAAAUAUUAUUAAAACAUGUCGUCUUUGUAUAAGCCGUUUUCUGUUUCGGAAGGGCCGUGCAAAGAUGCGAUACUGAGACAAGGAUGCACGCCGCUACAGCAUCCUGCAGCGCUGACCCGGAUUCCCUCCGCCGGCGGGGGCUCGACGCGCACUUUUACCCCAAUUCCUAACAUUUAUCCAGGCCAGAGGAAUCUAGCGGCCGCAGCAAUCGGAGGGAGAAAAAUCACCCAUCCGUGGAAGGCUAUUCUUGCAGGUGGCAUUGCAGGAGGCAUUGAGAUCUGCAUCACAUUUCCAACAGAGUAUGUGAAGACCCAGCUACAAUUAGAUGAAAGAGCAAAUCCUCCACGGUACCGAGGCAUAGGUGACUGUGUUAAGCUGACGGUGCAGGAUCAUGGGUUGAGAGGUCUAUACAGAGGACUUAGUUCACUGCUUUAUGGAUCCAUCCCGAAAUCUGCAGUACGGUUUGGGACAUUUGAGGUUCUUAGUAACCCGAUGAGGGAUGCCACGGGGCGGCUUGACAAUAAAGGCAGUUUGCUGUGUGGGCUUGGAGCGGGAAUCGCAGAGGCAGUGUUGGUGGUCUGUCCAAUGGAGACAGUCAAGGUGAAAUUCAUUCAUGACCAGUGCUCUCUGAGGCCACGCUAUCAAGGGUUCUUCCAUGGUGUACGGGAAAUAAUUAGAGAUCAAGGUGUCCGAGGGACGUAUCAAGGACUGACUGCUACACUUCUGAAGCAGGGCAGCAACCAGGCUAUACGCUUUUAUGUUAUGAACUUGUUGCGCAACUGGUACAAAGGCGAUGACCCCAGACGUGACAUGCAUCUGCUAGUUACAGCGUUGUUCGGAGCAACAGCCGGGGCAGCGAGUGUUUUUGGGAACACGCCACUUGAUGUGGUGAAGACUCGAAUGCAGGUCAGCAGAGAUUGAUGCUUAUUAUUUAUUAAAUAAUUAAAAUGAA